AUUUCCACUUCAGGCACCAGGUGAACACACAUAUCGGGACCCGUGAAUGUGGAGGACAGAUUACAUUUGGAUAGCCAAUCAGAACAAUGGAUACACCACUCCUUAUCAUUUUCUGCUCCUGUUUUUAUAUGUACUUCUGUGAUAACAAAGCAGAGAACUGUAUAGAGAUGCGUGAAGAAGAAACAUAUGAUGCCAGGGAUGGAGAAGUUGCCAGGCUUGAAUGCAAUAUAAAUGAAUCUAAUGAUAAUUAUGAUUUCAACUUGUCGUGGUACAAAAAUGACAAAAUAAUCGAUGGAAUAGGACAAAAAAUUGAAGAGCAGAGAAAUGCACUGUGGUUUUUACCAGCAUCCCUCUCGGACUCUGGAAAUUAUGUAUGUGAAGUAAGAUUCUCAACAUCCUGCUACAAGUUAGAAAUGAACCUGUCUGUGAAGGCCCAGGGCUUCUAUAUUAAUACCUUGGAUAUAAUGGAAUACUCAAAACCUGCUGUUAUCCCUUGCUACAUACUGAAGUAUGUUGUUGAUUUAGACAAGAACCCAGACGUUAAGUGGUUUAAGAACUUUGAACCUUUUCAAGUAAAUGGAAAAAAAGUUAAAAGGAUUGAAAAUACACUUCUCAUAUCUGAUAUGAACCACAAUGAUGCUGGAAAUUACACCUGUCAAAUAACCUUUACAUACAAGGGGAAAAGAUAUACUAUGUCAAGUAAUACUGAGAUAACACUUCAAGAUCCAGUAAAGCCCUUAACACCACACGUGAUAUAUCCACAAAACGAAACUCUUCAAGUAGAAUGUGGCUCUGAAAAAAUCUUAACUUGCAGAGCAUUCAUAGGAAUUGGUGAAUAUUUAAAGCCAAUCAUAUACUGGACUGUAAAUAAUACACAUCCUGAGAUGUACAAUGAAAUGAAAGCACUACCUGGCAUAACAAAAAAAGAAAAUGAUACACAUUAUGCUGAAAUAAAACUGGUAAUAUCAAAAGUGACACCUGACUUGUAUGAAAUACCAUUCAAAUGCAUUGCUAAAAAUGCAGCUGGAAUAGAUGUUGGACAUUUACAACUGCAGCCAGCAAAAGACAGGAAUUGGCACCUGCUUUUCAUUGUGCUUGCAAUAUCUGUUCUGGUAAUGCUGGGUGUAGUCAUAUAUAAAUUUUUCAAGAUUGAUAUUGUCCUUUUCUACCGAGAAAUAUGGAACAGAACCCGAACAGCACAUGUUUCAGAUGGAAAGCUCUAUGAUGCAUAUGUGAUUUAUCCCAAAAUUGACACAUUGAGUUCAACAAGAAGGGCUGAAACAUUUGCACUGCAGAUACUUCCUGACAUGUUAGAGAACAGAUAUGGAUACCAAUUGUUUAUCUUUGAAAGAGAUCAAUUACCUGGAGAAGUUCACAACGUUAUUGACGAGACCAUCAGAAAAAGCAAAAGGCUAAUCAUCAUCCUCACUCCUACAUGCUCCUGGGAUGAACACUGGCAGACCACUUUUGAACAGCAGAUUGGAUUAUACGAUGCUCUGAUACAGGAUGAAAUCAAAGUGAUUCUCGUCGAGAUGGAAAGGGAGAUCAAUUACUCAGAUCUUCCUGAAUCAGUCAGAUAUAUAAAAAAAAAGCAAGGCGCCUUAAGGUGGAAAGAACACCAUGAGAAACGUGUGCCACAUAAUUCAAGGUUCUGGAAACAGUUAAGAUAUCGCAUGCCAUGUGAGUGAACCUACACAAGUUCUUUUUUUACCGGAAGUCUGUUGUGAUAUACAGACACAGACGUGAUUUUAAAUUUUAGUUUCAUUGGUACGAAACUCACUAACCAUAAUGGUUGGAGAGACAAUGUAAAAUACAAUGUCAUUUUGUUAUUGUUUUGAUUGUUAUUAAGAAUGUAUUUCUGUACAAAAUUACCUAGGUAGAGUGUUUAUAGAAAACAAGUAAAAUGUAACCAUUAAAUGAUCUGUGUGUUAGUGGGCGGGGUUGAACCGAGCUGUGGACUGUGUGUCUGGAGAAGAGUGCGCUAAAUAAAAGCAUUGAACCGAA